UUUUGCUUCAGAUUUAUGGCAACCCAUACUGUUAUCCCGUCCUCCUCUUCCGCCUCUGGAUUCAAUUACGAUGUAAUCUUGAGUUACCAAGAAGAAGAAGAAGAAACGAUAGGGAACAAUUUCGCAAGUAAACUCUACGCUUCCCUGGAGAAGGUUGAGAUCAAAACAUUCAGGGACGAUGAGAACUCGAAACGAGAAGAACAGAUCUCUGCGGUGAAGUUGAAAGGAAUCAAUGAAUCAAGAUGCGCAGUUAUCUUAUUCUCGAGGAACUAUGCUUCUUCAACCCGAUGCCUUGAAGAGCUUGCCUUGAUGAUGGAAUCUAAGGAAAAACUUGGCCAAAGGGUAAUUCCUGUUUUCCUCAUGGGUGUCCAAGGAUCGGACGUACGGCGUCAAAAGGGUAGCUUUGAGGAGCCUUUUCUCCUGCACCAACAGCGCUUCCAGUUCCAGCCAGAGGUGGUGGAAAGGUGGAGGUCAGCUCUGAGUGUAGCCGGUGAACUUUGUGGAUUCAACUUGAAAGACAUUCCUCACGGUGACGAAGAGAAGUUGAUUAAAAAGAUAGUGAAAGACGUAGUGAAAGACGUCAACCCGUUUCCCAAAAGCAAGGAAGGAAAGCGAGAGACAAGGCCGCCUGUGAUAAAGGUUCCAAACGACGCAAUGAUCGAGAACCAGUUAUCUACCGAACGCAUGGUGCAGCAGAUGCUUGAAUGGAUACUUAAUCCUGAUCCACAUUUUGGCAUCAUCGGAGUUUAUGGAAUGGGGGGAGUAGGCAAAACCACUCUGGUCAAAGAAGUAAACAAUCACUUUGAAAAAGAUUUGUCCAAAGAAGGGAUACCUUUCGAGAUUGUGAUAAUGAUCACAGUGUCUGCCACUCCCAACAUACGAAAUAUCCGAACCUAUAUCAGUAAGCGCCUUGGAUUACCAGACAAUACUGGGGCUGAAGCAUUGUUCGAUGCCCUAAGGAAGAAGAGAUUUCUUCUUAUUUUGGAUGAUGUGUGGAGCAAAUUAAAGCUCCAGGAGAUUGGAAUCCCUAACCCUCGAACCCACAAAGGGAGUAAGAUCCUAGUGACCAGUCGAAGUAAAGAUGCCUGCACUGAUAUGGGUGCUAAAAAAACAAUAAAAAUUCAUCCAUUAUCAGAAGCUGAAUCAUGGGGGCUCUUUGUUGAAGUAGCUGGUGACCAUGUUGUUGCCGAUGAGAUAAAGUGUUUUGCUAAAAGAAUUAUUGGAAGAUGCAAGGGUCUCCCUCUCGCAAUUGUCACUGUUGGUCACGCAAUGGCAAAUCGACUUGGGGUCGGGGAGUGGGCAAAUGCAGUAAGGGAAAUGGAGCUAUCAACCACAGAUCUCCGAGGUAUGAAGGAAGAAGUAUUUGAUCCUUUAAAAUUCAGUUUUGAUAGAUUGGAGAAUGGUAUGCUUAGGAGCCUAUUUCUUUAUUUUGCCUGUUUCCCUGAAGACUUUAUCAUAGGAGAACACGAGAUUUUAAAUUAUUGUGUUGGAGAGGGAUUAGUAGACAAUUACAAAUAUGGUAGUCUAACAGCUGCCAGGAAUAAAGGUAAGGAUCUGAUAACAAGCUUGAAAAUUGCUUGUAUGGUGGAAGAUGGAGAGCAUAAAGGCAGUGUGAGGAUGCAUGACAUGAUGCGAGAACUCGCACUUUGGAUUGUUACUUCUUCAGAGUCUGAUGGCAAUAGCCCCAAGUUCUUGAUAAGGACUGGUGAAACGGUUAGAGAAGCACCACAAGCUUAUGAGUGGCUAAAUGCAACAAGGAUUUCAUUUUAUUGGACCAGCAUAGAGAAGUUUCCGGAGUUGGGAGGGAGGUGCCAAAAACUAACCUCACUGCUAUUGAGGAAUAUUUGUAUCAUCCCAGUUAUUCCCCCGACAAAUUUCUUGCAACACAUGGAUCAUCUUAGCGUACUUGAUCUUUCUUGCAAUCAAAUGGAAUCUCUCCCAGAUUCCUUGUCAUGUUUGGUGCAUCUUCGGGUGCUUAGGUUACAGGGUUGUAGGGACUUGAGAUCAUUGCCUGCACUGGGAAUGCUCCAACUGUUGCAAGUUUUAGAUUUGAAUGGGUGUGAAGGAUUAAAACAGAAAAUCCAGGAAUAUGAAUGGGUGGGAGGUCUAAGUAAUUUAAGAUACUUGGAUGUGGCAUUUUCCACGGUUUCUAUUCCAGUGGGGGUAAUUUCUCGUUUGCACAAAUUGGAGGAAUUGAGAAUGUUGAAAGCAGGAAAUAUAAAAUGGAGGGUGAGUUCUGCUGAAGAUGAAAAAUGGGAUGCGAGUGAGACUGGUCGUGAAGGACAAAAGGAUGAUCAUCGCUCCAUCAUUGAUGUGGAGGAGUUGUCCCACUUGACCUGCUUAACAUCUUUAACCAUUUCAUUCGAAGAUAUCAUUAUUUCGGACUAUUUCAAAACUUUGGCCAACAAGAUUAAGAGUUUGGAUCUGUAUUGUUGUAGAGUUGAAAAACAAGAUGCCCUACAUGCUCUCAAUAAAUCCCAAAAUCUACAGAGCUUGACAAUUGGUAAUUGCUUGGGUCUGACAUGUGUGCGAAUUGGUGCUAUGUUUACUGAUAUACGAAACUGUGGAGAUUUGAAAGAGGUGAUCGAUGGACCGUACUACAAAGAUUCGGAGGUGGCGUUGGAUGGAGACCAAGAUUUUGUUGGGAAAAAGAAGUACUUACACCCGUCAAAAUUAGCCCUAUUUGAGUUGCCAAAAUUGGAGAGGAUAUGUGUCAGUCUAGAACCACGAAAUUGCUUUUCUCAACUAGGGGUCAUUGAAAUAUGGUAUUGCAAAAGCUUGAAGAUGGUCUUCACGAAGGGAAUGCUACACCUGCUCAACAAUUUGGAGUACAUUAAUGUUGCCUGUUGUGAGAGAAUGGAAGUAAUAAUUGGAGCAGAGGAGGAGGAAGAAAUUGGGGGAGGGGAGUUGGAAGGACGAGUAGUCAUCUCACCCUUCCCAAGACUCACAGCACUAUACCUACGAAAGCUACCAGCUCUACAUGACGUGUGCAGCAACCACAUCUUGCAUUGUCCCCUGUUGACUGACGUGGUGGUGGAUGAUCAGUGUCCCAGGUUAAAGAAGGACCCUCUCAACAUUCAAGACCGGGACGGCCGGUUAAUUUCACGUCCACCCAUGGAACUCAAGUACAAGAUCCUUGUUCUAAAAUGAAGAAAAAGAAAAUUGAUUCUAAAUUCAUGGAUCAAAGAUAUUCUGGUAUGUAAACUUAAUCCACUCUUUGAACCAUUCGUGCAUGGAUAGGUGGUAAUUUUGUGAUAAGAGAAAAUUGAAAGCUUUUCUGUGAGUUGCAAUGUUGCAUGAGGAACACCAAUUCUGAAUGGGACCCACAUGUCUUUGAUAAUCUGCUCUCUUCUGUGCUCUCGAUCACCUCUCCAUCUUUCUCUCUACUUAUCGAGAUGUCUGUGUUGAGUCUGUUGACAGCCAUUUUUCAGGUUUGAACAAAAAUGGUAGUCUCUAACGUCGUCUCUCCAUCCAUAUUUUAACUGGUCCUUCGGGAGCGAGAUGGAUGCUAUAUCUACUGUCUGAUUAGAAUCUACCAGCC